AUGCUGACUGUGAUAUAUCGCUUCAUUCUGGCGCAGUUUGCGUCUCUGAUUUCUCCCAUAUUUGCCCUCUAUAGACUUCUCGUACCAACUCAAGUCGAAUACGGCAUCAACUCUCCCCCGACACAAGACCAGCACGACAAGAACGCGAACAAGUCUAAUGAUGACAGGCAACAAGCUGCCGGAGUCCGGGUCGAUGACAACGUCAUGCGCGGCUUUCCUCCUACGGAGCAGCAACUCGAAGCCAGGAUCAAAGGAUUUAUUGACUCGAUUGACAAGGAUGCAGUCUGCCGCUUGGCCUCGCGACAUAACAGUCACAAGUCUUGCAGGGUUGUUGGGCACGAUCGCGGCAGCUUCAACGUCUGUUUUUUUGUCCUGUUUGAUGCCGAAAAUGUGACGUGGGUUGUGAGAAUACCCCUCGAGCCGGUUGUAUGUGAUGCGUGGGCAAAGGUGCAAAGCGAAGUUGCUACAAUGCGAUAUGUCGAGCACAACACGACAGUCCCCAUACCGCGCGUUUAUACGUACGGACGUGCCCCAGAUUUGCUGGUACAGGAUGGUUCCGCGACAGUGGCGUUUCUUAUUUGUGACUACAUUUCGGGUCAGUCGCUCAGUCUCAAGGCUCUUGCGGGCGCAACAGAGGACCGACGGAAACACCUCUAUCACGACCUGAUCGAUAUUCUAUCGCAGCUUUACAAGUUGGAAUUCUCCGUGGCAGGUUCACUCAUGCCGAACCCAGCCGGUGGGCCUGACCCUGUAAUCGGUCCCAUCCUGUCCAUGUCUGCGAACGAGCUGUAUAGGUGCUGCCAACAACAGGGAGGCUUGGAACCCCCCUCCUCUGAAGGGCAAUACUUGGCUUACCAAUCUCACAUCUUGUCAGAAACAUACCGUCUACCCACCCAAGACCUAUCUAGUGAUCAGGUGCGGAUGGAGCUAUUCGCACUCGAGAGCCUCACAAAGCAUGCUUUCGGGUCCUUGGAGUUUCCCGAGUCCACGACGCCCUUUUCUAUGGCUCACCAAGACCUCAGGUGCAGCAAUAUCAUUGUUACGCAAGAUCUACAUGUAUCUGGCAUUAUUGACUGGGAAUUCGCAGGUACAAUCCCGCGAUAUCUAUCAACGCCACCACCAUGGCUCAGCGGCGAUGAUCUCGAUGCGGUGAGCGCGUUCCCAGCUGCUGCUGAUAUCACCCUCAAAGAGGUCUAUGCAGAGUUCAUCGAGGUGCUCGAGGUAAAAAGCGCCACGUCUAGUGACUGCGCCAAGCUGAUGGACCCCUCUUCCUGCGUGAGCUAG